ACAGGGUUCCAACAAUGGGGUCGCGGCGAUGGGCGUCGUUGUCGAGAUACGCCACCAGCUCCCGGCCGGCGGGAGUCAUCGCGAAAAGGGUUCAUAUCUCGUACGCGCGGCCGCCCGUCGCGUGGUGCGAUGGCCGUUGCCGCGGGUCCUCGCCGUCGGGCGCGGCCGCGCAGGGCUUGCAGACGGUGGCCGUCGGCGGUGGUGGGCGGCUCGCGUCCCCGGACGUCGCCCGGGCCUCGGCCUCGCGCGCGGCCGGUCGCGGGUCGGAGGGCGGCAGCGGCCAGCGGGCCGCCGCGGCCCGGAGUAUCUCGUCGCCCGAGUCGUCGUCGCCGGCCGCGUCGCACGGCGGCGGCCGCCGCGGGCUCCGGGCGCGGGCGAGGUGCUGCUCGUAGGUCUCGCCCGCGCGCGACGGCGACACCGGCUCCAGCGCGACCUCGCGCACCACCUCGGCCGGCGCGUUCUCUGCCGCCUCGUCGUCGCCGCCGCCGCCGAGGCAGCCCAUGAGCUCACUGUAAAACGAGCCGCCGCCCCCGGAGCAGCGGCCCGAGGCCAUGGCUUAGUGCUCUGGGCAAUAGUACUGGGGCAGCCCCACACACGACGAUUGCUUCCGUAUGCGGUUCGGCCGCCUCCCCGCGCC